UGAACACAGCCAGCUUUAUUAGGAGUCUCGCUGAUACAGAGCAGUUAAAUGUUCCUUCAUAGGCAGAGAAGCAGUUGAUGGAAUGUCAGUUUGUCCAGACAACAAGGCAGGCAUGUCUGUGCUUUGAUUUAAGGUUUGUGUCAGCCCACUCGAGUCGAUUCAACAUGUCCCCCAGAGGGCCCUUGUCUACCGUCAUUACAACUGUCGUGGGGGCAACCUUGGGAGGCCUGUUUCUAUGGCGGGUGUACCACACACACAAGAGGAAGCUGCUUUCUGGAGAGAAGGCUGCCGACCCUGUGGAGCCUCUGCACCCUGCGGACAAGGAGUUCUCUACUGUGGAGGGUCAACUUGUGCAAGCGUCGCAUCUCAAUAAAGAAGUGAAGGCUGCGAAGAGUCAGACCACACAACUGCCUCUCCCUGUGCGAAUUCCCUCUGCUGAACAGUUGUUGGCAGUGAAGCCAGUGACGGUGAGCUCUGAAGAGGAGUGGCAGCAGCUGUGGCCCUCCCUGCAAAAGGAGUUGUCUGUCUACCCCGUGCUGGGGCUGGACUGUGAAUGGGUAAAGAACAAGGGCGUGUCUUUAAAGGGCAGCGCCUCUGCAGUCUCGUUGCUGCAAAUAGCAUCAUACUCCGGGCUGUGCGUCCUGGUGAGGAUGCUGCCGUUUCGUAGCAGUGCACAGCUCUUCCCCCACAGCUUAAUGCAAGUUCUCUGUGACCCCCACAUUCUAAAGGUCGGAGUUGGUUGCCAUGAGGACGGAAAGCGCCUUGCUCAUGACUACGGCUUGUUACUGGGGUGUACCGUUGAUCUGCGGUAUCUCGCCUUACGACACGGGAAAGUCAUAUUGAGUAAUGGCCUCAGUCUGAAGUCGCUGGCAGCCGACGUGUUGAAGAUAACUCUAGACAAAUCUCUGGAGCUUCGCUGCAGUGAUUGGGAGGCCGAUGAACUGACACUUGAGCAGAUGAACUAUGCUGCUAGAGACGCCCAGGUUUCCAUUGCCCUGUUCUUCCAUCUCCUGGGCCUCCACUCAGAGUCCAGCUUUGUCUCCUCCAGUGAGAGCACCUAUUUCCAGCUGGCCGCCCACUGCCAGGGCCUGGUGGACAUUCCCUUCAGGAGCCAAGGAGGUGAAAGAGACGACAAGGCAGCUGACGGAGAGCGGAGACGACGACGAGCAAAGAAGCAGCCCCAGUAUGAAAGCCCCAAGUCUGGAGAUCAGCAAGUCCCAGACUCCCGCAAGAACCACAAAAGAAAACCACUGGGUGUGGGCUAUUCCCCCAGGAAGUCUCCUCUCUAUGACAACUGCUUUCUCCAUGCUCCAGAUGGUCAGCCACUGUGUUCCUGCGACAAGAAGAAAGCCAAAUGGUACCUGGACAAAGGAAUUGGAGAGCUUCAGAGUGAGGAUCCUUUCAUUGUGAGACUACUGUUUGAGCCGUCGGGACGUCCCGAGUCUCGACAGGAAUACUAUCUCACCGCCAAAGAGAACCUCUGUGUGGUGUGCGGAAAAGAGUACUCCUACAAUAGGAAACACAUCGUCCCGCAGGAGUACAGGCGGCAUUUCCCCACCGAAAUGAAGGACCACAACUCGCACGACAUCCUGCUGCUGUGCACGGCCUGCCACGCCGCCUCCAACGUGCACGACUGCUUACUGAAGCAGCAGCUCGCCCAAGAGUAUAGUGCCCCUCAAGCUUCCGAGGAGGGGCUGCGACUGUUUCAGGACACGGACCGGCGGCGGGUGCGGUCAGCGGCACGGGCGCUCGUCACCGCCGGGAACGAGCUGCCAGAACAGCGCCACAAGGAGCUGCAGACCAUCAUCAGGGACUUCCUCAACCUGGAGGAGGACCAGGAACUUGAUGCCGAGGCCCUACAGCAAGUGGCUGACCUGGAAACCAGGAUAUUUAAUGAGGAAUAUAUGCCUCACGGUCGGAAGGUGGUGAGUAUGUGCGCGAAAGACGGCAUACGGGGCCUGAUGGACCUGGAGCGCCGGUGGCGGCAGCACUUCCUCACCACCAUGCAGCCGCGCCACCUGCCCGCCCUCUGGUCCAUCGACCACAACCACAGCAAAUUUCUCCGGAAGUACGGGGAGGACCUGCCAGUCCACCUUAUUUGAACUUCUGCGCAUACCACCCGACGACGACGCACAUCGGGCGAAUGCCAACCGGGGCAGGAAACUGGAUGCUUGCAGCUUCCAAGACUUUGACGGCAAAACGGGAACGGGACCUGUUCGUUGGCCCAAACGUCGGGUAGAACGGACAAACUUGGCUGCCACAACUGAAACUUACCAGCAUUUGGGUGUUGUCAAGACAUCACCCUGAUAACUACAGGGACACAACGGGCCAAGAUGCAGAGUGUGUGUGUCUGUGCGUGUGCGUGCGUGACUGGAUGGCAUCUGAGGAAGGCUGUUUCACGCCCAACACAUGGUGCCAAAUAUGUGAAUGCCAGCCAGGUUCUUCUGGUCCGUCUACCAAAACCUGAAUGAACUAGACCAACAGACCAGCCGGCCCAAGCCUCGGCACAUGUCUGCCUAUGGAGGGGGGAUCCAGUGCCGAAUUGUGACAUUACUUCCACGGUGCCGUGGUGGAAAUUGUGUAGUUGCAUAUGGCCCCUUUUAUUUUUAAAGAAAAAUAUGUUUAAAAAAAAAAUGUGAGACGGUAAAUUGAUCUGUGAACUAAAACUUUUAGGAAUAAGCUACAACCCGCUCUAAACUCCCACCCGAAAUGAAAUGUAAUGUUUCGUCUGUAGGUCAGCAACCCUUAUCUGUUACCCCGGUAACCAGUGGUGGUGAGUUUGUGUACAGGGCAGAGUGAGGUGAUUCAUAAUAGUUUUUGUUCGCUCAGAUCGGCGGUAGGUCCUGCUUGAAAACAUGGUCGCCUUUGUGCUGUUUACUUUAUAAAAAGGCGACUUGGGCUUUUGGAGGACUAAUGGGAAGUAAUCCAGAACAGCGUCUGCCCACAGCGGGUCCAGCGAAUGGAUCUUGCGGACUUCUGACGCCGUCCUGUCUUGGGACUGUGGUUCUCCUCCUGAAGGUUAGGACCCCUCGAUGGCACCUGUGCCUCUUAACCCCUAACACGACUGGAGGUUCUGGUACAGCACCAGGACGUGGACAAUGGUGGCAGUUUCAGUCCAACUCUGUCUCGCCUCAGUCCACGUCGGAGAGUGACAAGACUGCCAACUCGUUGCCCGUCUGUGUCCUGAGGGACGGGUGGGACUGAUGUGUGAGGACAUUCUCAGAAACGACAUCCCCCUCGUGCAGAGGACGGACCUCGUGUCUGGGCAUGUGUAUUUAUUUAUAGUGGGUGAGUUUAAGUUAUGAAAAUGGCUGUUUUUGUAUUUUAUUUGUCUCUAGAUGAAACCUCUUCAACUAUACUGUCUCCCUAAACCUGUAAAAAGAAAUAAAGGCUAUGUUUAAAUUUUACUUUGUGAUACUGGUUUUGCACAAGGUAGCAGCAUUGAUGCCAUGGCUCCUGUUUUGUGGAGGGGGGGAAAAAACAGUCCAGUCACCAUUUCCAUUUUUUAUUUCUUACAAAAUCACAGUUUAAUAAAUAGUCUGUAAAAAUGAGUAGAAAAGUGGUUUUCUUAACAUUUCAUAUAUGAAUCACUCGUGACUUUCAGGUCAAAGGAGUCUUACAUGGACUUGUCAGGAAUGACU